AAAUGUUAUAGAAUUCAAAAGAUGAUCCAAGCUAUACGUGGUGGUGUAGGCCUUGUUUGUCUUCGAUUGGCAUCUACACCGAUUCAAAACAAACGAUUGGACGAAGACAGACUAAAUUAUCCAGUUUUACGAGAUCCGAAUUCUGGAAUUGAUAGAGUUUUGAAAAUAUUUAAUCGGGAUGAAAAUGAUGGAUCAAUAUCUCCCGAAGCUAGUUUUAUUAGUAUGGUUGGUUUCACCGGUGCAUAUAUAGGAGCAAUAUAUGGAGGAAUAUUGGAAUCAAAACGCGCCAACAUGAACUUUAGGGAGACCACAGAAGCAGUUCUUUACCAAUCACGAAGAGAGGCUCAACGUGAACUUCAAAAUAGUACAACAGUUGGUUUCGGUAAAGGUGUCUUUCGAUGGGGAAUUCGUUAUGGAAUUUUUUGCACUUCAUUUACUGCGUUCAGUACAAUAAUAUCCACGUUUCGCGGUGAUACUGGAAUCCUAGAAUAUUCGCUCGGUGGAUUGCUUUCUGGCUCGCUAUAUAGAUUCAGUUUGGGACCCAAAGGCAUGAUCAGUGGUGGAUUUUUUGGAACCGUACUUGGCACUUUUUGUGGUGCUAUUAUAUAUUUAAGUUCAAAAAUGACUGGCGUCAAAAUGCAAGAUAUAUACAUAAAUACACAGGUUUAUUUCAAAGUUAAAGACAAAAAUUUCCACGGAAGCGAAAGACAUGGGGACGAACCAGAUAUAAUAAGAGAGUGUUUCCAUCCAUAUGGAGUUGAGAUGUCAAACUCCCUUGAUAGCCUUGAAGACAUCAAGGAUCUUUCUGAACUAAAGUUUAAUAAAAAUAGGAUACCAAUAACAAAAAAUGUGGACUGUGGAGCAAAAAUAAAAUAAGUAUUUUUUUAGAAAAA